AUGUCUGGGUAGGAUCUGAAUGUAAGUAAUAAGAAAGGUAAAAUAUUCUUUAAAUUUAGGUUUAUUUAAUUUGCAAUAGAUUAUUCGAAUUACUUAAUAUAAUAUGAAAAAGCACCUUAAGUUCUACCUACAUUGAUCAAGGCUAAUGAUGAAGCAUAAGCAUUUUGGAGUUAUGGUGGAAUGUUGGAAAGCCAGAGUCUGUUUGUAGAUAAAUCAAAGAGUGGGAUGAUUGUAAUAACGAAGUCGAAGAAGAUGAAUUCAAUAAAGAAAAAGAAGAAAAUUAAUUAUUAUACAGCUUUGAUAGAACAGAAGAAGCUCAGAUUGAAAAGACAGUAUUAUACCUCUAUCCCAAUUCUGAUGAAUAUUUACACAUUUUUGAUUUAGAAGAUUUAGAUUAAUCUUAAUUAGUUAUAUUAUUAGAAGAAACUAAUAACAUAACUUUAAAAAUUUUUUGUAUGGAAAGGAUAAAAAUGAAUGAGAAACAAUAAUGCAUAAUUUGUUGUUAUUUUAAGUAAGAACAAAUUUUUGUGAAUAACAUUAUAAGCAAAUAUUAUUCAUCUAUUAGUGAGGCUAAUAUACAUCUUUUAGGAAGUAUAUAAAUUGUUUUAAUAUUAUAGUAGCCGAAUGA